AUGGAAACAAUUCUAUCUGUCAAUGGCGGGCAAAGAGGUGCUAGUGAAAGCAGUGGCUACUGCAAUUCCAGCUUAUCGCCUCAUCCUAUGUCAUGUUUCAAGCUCCCAGCUGCCACCUGCGAAGAAAUCAACAGCGAUUUAAGAUCCAUUGGAAAGCUUGGGGUAAGCUGUGCCUUCCCAAAAAUCAAGGAUUAUGAAAAUUUGCACGUUUGUAUAAUAAGCCAAAGUGCUUCUUAG